AUGAAGCAAGCCCAAGACGGACCUUCGGAAAAACUAGCCUGUCCAUUUUGUGCCGGUGCCUAUCGGAGAAGGUAUUCCCGUCCCCUGGUUCAUUCGUGGCUGGGUAGUUCUAACUUAUUUCUAACCUCCAGGGACGUUCUCCGUCGCCAUCUUCAAAAAUGCGGGCAAAAAGGAGAUUAUCAACCUCCAACUCAACGGAAACCAGGGAGGAAGCGCAAGUCUUGCAAUACGUGCGCUACUGCGCGAGUAUUUUGCGAUGGAGAGCUACCUUGCGAGACCUGCUUACACAAGGGUCUAGAUUGCUCGUUCAGCCGCAUGCACGAGCAGUCACCCAGGUCUUCUCAACCUAGCCAAAACCCAACUCCUCAAUUGGCGAAAGAUAUCGAUCCGUCAACAGAAGCCGAUCCAAGUCACCGCCCCGUAAAGCUAUCAAUACCGUUUCUUCUGCACUAUACAAAUGUGGAGAACGAAUCGAAAUACGAAGGCCUCCGUCUCCUAUCACAAUGUACCGGUGCAGAUCCGAGAGUCGGUUGUUGUGCUGUGAACCAUCAACAGAACAAUUCGAACUUCCUCACGGACUCUUGGGAAAGGUUGUUUCAUUCUUUCAUAUGUACUGCUAAUCUGGACCCGCCUUGCGACUUGCAAACGAGUGCUACCUACCCGUUUGACCCCGCAGAUCUUGAGAGCACUUCCGCCGAGCUCUUAGGAAUCCUUGCCAGCUGCGAGCAACAAGAUGCAUUGAGUCAGGACAUCCUGGACAUCAAUAAGGCCAGACAAAUAUUUACUCCCCUCAAUAUCGCCAAAUAUACCGAAGCAUUCCUGGAGAAUGCAUUCCACACCCACUACCUCAACCCAGCAGCAUUCAACCUGAACAAAGCCUCAAAGCUUCUUGUUCUCACAAUGGUGCUAUUGGGGGCCGUUUAUAGUAACCCUUAUUAUUCGGAUGAUUUGGCAGCACAUUCAAAUGCCACCGAACACCUGGUCUUCGAAGGACCAGCUUUCAAAGAUUUGUUACUUGGGAAGGGUGACUCCCUAAAUUCCCGCGGGACGCUAGAGACUCUCCAAGCCGCAAUGCUUGUCAUCAUCUUGCAGUCCUACAAAGAGAGCCCUGAUAGUAUGCGACGGAUUCGAUUGCAACGCAUGCCGACUAUAUUCACUGUCAUUCGUAUGCUUGAGUUGAAUAAGAUUGUGAAUGACUGCCUUCCUGGUGCUUCAGAUUGGGACACGUACCUUCUGCGGGAGGGCCUUGUCAGUUAUUGCGUCAUCUUCUUCCGGUAUCCGACUUGUCUUAGACUCGAUGAGAUAGCUUUCGAAAUACCGCAACGGGAUGACUUAUUCCAUGCUCAAAGCGCCACUGAAUGGGAGCAACUAUUUUUGAAGGAUCAGCAGCCCCAUGAACCCCUACGAUUGCGAAAUGCGCUCCGCGACUUUAUGAGACCUGAGGGGCGCUCUCCCCAACAGGAUAACUACUUUCCCAAUACUAUCUUCGGGUCAUUUCUUGUUCUCUCAGCUAUACAAUGCAUUCUGUUCGAUCUAUUAGCCCUACACACAUUUAUGGAUGACACUCGCGUAUUUGAACCCGUGGACCGUGCCUUGGAUCGGUGGAAAAUCCACUGGGAUUCAUUGUGCCAAGGUAUCGAACCAGGUACUGCCAAACGAGCCGGUUUUAUCAUCCAUGCCGCCGAAUUCUGGUGUGUUGCCAAGGCUCUUGUUAAGCAUCCAUCGGCUGCGUGGCCUGAGGACAGCAAGGAUACGCUGGACACGACACAAAGUUUUCGUCGUCUGGUGGACAGGUUGAUGGCUGAUAGUGAUAGUGCAAAUUUGGUUUAG